UUUAAAAGAAAUGCAAAACAAUUCUAAUAUUACUACAAAAUCUUCGUCUACCCCUUCUAUUCAUUUCAAAUCACUUGGAGACUCAAAUUAUUUUUCUUGGUUGGAACCUCGCUUACUAAAAACAAUUAUUGAUUUGUGUACAAGCCGAACACCUUUUGACUCUUUAAAUGAAUAUUUGCCUCAAUUGGAUGUUUUGUUAAUUAGAAAUUCAAUUUUGGAGCAAAGAAGGUUGGCAGCUUCUCUUUGGAGUGUUUAUAGUGAAUUAAUUGGGGCUGUCCCAAAAGGUUUGAAUGGAAAGAAAUAUUUUUUUGAAUUUUUUAGUUGAAGGUUCUUUGGGGAAUAGUGACAUUUCUUGGGAGAUAUUUUUGUAUAGGGUUAUCCUUCUCGGGUUGGGGUCGUUUUGGCGACGGGCCGUUUUGGCGCGAGAACAAAAAAGUG